AGAAACGCGAGUGCCGUCAAAUGCGGAUUACAUUUCAUCUGAUCUGAGCGCUCUGGACCUAAGGAGUUAGUCAAAACUCGAGAGUAUUCGGAAGAAUAGAGAUCAAAUACUGUUCCUCCUGUCAUCUCUAAAGUUAAGGAGCGAAUACAAGGAUAGUGUUGUUUGAGUGAUUUUUACUAAGCGAAACCAGUCGGGAGGUCCGAAUUUGAGGUUCAUCAUCAGCAGACAAAAUGCAUCGUUGUUCAACAGCAGCGUUGCUUUUGUUAAUUGUUGCUUUAUAUUCCCUCCAAGCAGAAGCCUACAAGUGCAGGUGCACAAGAAAAGGUCCAAAGAUUCGCUACAAGGAUGUGCAAAAGCUGGAGAUUAAACCCAAACAUCCUUUCUGCCAAGAGAAGAUGAUAUUUGUCACCAUGGAGAAUGUGUCGCGCUUCAAGGGGCAGGAGUACUGUCUGCACCCCAAACUGCAGAGCACCAAAAACCUGGUCAAGUGGUUCCGGAUCUGGAAGGAUAAGCAUAGGGUGUAUGAAGCUUAACGUAUAGAUUAUGUAAACAAGGGGAACAAGUGAAAAAAAACACCAUCAAGACUGUUUUUGUGAAAAACAAGACAUUAUCUCCCAGCAAUCAGUACUUGGUCUUGGAGUGAGAUUUAUCAAGCAGCGAUGUCUAGUUUUCUGGUGCCGUUUAAGUUGGCCAUCAGGCUAAUUAUUGUUACUCACUUAAGUCAUUUCAACUGUAAUAAUGGUCAUAUUUCUCCAACGCCAACGUUCAAGGCUGUGAAAGAUGAUACAGGAGGAAAUGCUGUGAAAAAGGUCCUUCAUGAAUCUGGCCCAAGGUGUUUUUCUUUCGAAUAGGAGAUGUUUUGUAUGCCCUUGAACCAUUUGUUUGUUCUGGUGACUACAGUAUGUGGAUGUCUUGUAAGAUGAAAGGAACAUAGGGUUAUUGUACCAACUGGGAGUAAUCCUGCUGUAUCUUGCUGUGCACUCCAGAGGUGUCAAACAUAGCACACUGUAUACGUGUCUAGGGAAUGUGAUGAAGAUAAUUAUUUAAAAACAGCUCUAUGUAUAUCAUUCAUUUUGUACGUUUGGGUCCAUUCAAAGAGAAUAGUGUACAAGAGAAAGAAACACAUUCAGAUGACUAGGUCAAUGUUAUUUUAGAUGUCCUUGGUGCCAUUCCCUUUCCAUUAUGCAAUAAAUCAGUUGUAGGUUAUUAUGAGGGGUAUGUAAAGUCAGCCUGUUAAUUUAGAUCUUGUAAGACAUAUAUUUUCUGUACCUGGUAGGAACUAUUGUAAACAGCUAUUGUAUAAUAAAUUGUCCAUUUGAUGU